AUGGCCCUUGAAGCAUUAAAUUCGCCCACGACACGGAUGCCGGUGUUUCCAUUUGAGAACACCAGUAUUGGAUCUGUUGAGCCAUGGACAAAGGGUAAGCGAUCAAAGCGACAACGUAGUGUUGAUCGCCAUGAACCUAGUGAAGAAGAAUACUUAGCUCUAUGCCUUAUUAUGUUGGCUCGCAGCGGUGGCUCCACGGCGGAGAAUCAACAGAAACACUCACAAACUCCUCUUCCGCCGCCACCGGCAUCGCCAGUGAUGAUGACGUUGGAUUCUUCCAAGCUGAUGUACAAAUGUUCAGUUUGUAACAAGGCCUUUGGCUCUUACCAAGCUCUGGGCGGACACAAGGCGAGCCACCGGAAGUCCGCCGGAGGUAGCGGAGGAGAUGACCAGUCAACAAAUUCCACCACUGUCUCAACCACGAGCGGUGGGAGCGGGAGGACCCACGAGUGCUCAAUUUGCCACAGGCGUUUCCCCACUGGCCAGGCCUUAGGUGGUCAUAAAAGACGCCACUACGAAGGUGGCGCAGCGAGUAACAGCGGCGCGGUUGGCAGCAGUACUGCACUGAGUUCAUCGGAGGGUGUUGGCUCCACUGUCAGUCACCGGAACUUUGACUUGAACCUCCCAGCCUUUCCGGAAUUUUGGCCGGGAUUCAGCUCCGGCGAAGACGAAGUUCAAAGCCCACAUCCGUCGAAAAAGCCGCGUCACUCCUCACAAUCGAAACUGGAAAUCUUUUGA